AUGGCGACCGUGAACGAGAAGCAAGCGCUGCCGUCGCGGCCAGCUCCAGCAUCCGAGGAUCCAGAGAAGGCUCAGACGCCAUCGCUGACGGUUGACCCAUGGGAGCCGCGAGCAUGGUGGAAGAAGGUCCCCUUCUUGAGCACUCGAGUGCGUCCCAUCAUCUCCGCACUGGAUCCCGAACAUCCCAACGCAAAGAUGACCCCUGAAGCAACAGCCAACUGGUUCUCGAUCUGUUGGUUUGCCUGGAUCGACCCCAUCCUUACCGCUGGUUAUACACGUCCGAUGGAGAAGAACGAUCUCUACCUUCUCCCGCCUCACCGCUGCUCGGAACACCUCGGCGCUCAGUUGCUGACUGCACUCGACAAAAGGCAGAAGCAAAGACGGUCGGCAAUCAUCGAUGACCCAAAAAGGGCAGACAAGCCUGCCAAGAUCCCGCCUCUCAUGUGGGCGAUGAAUGACAUCGUCUUUCGCUAUUUUUGGAUCGGCGGCUUACUCAAGCUUCUCGCCGAUGUAGGCACUAUCACAAGUCCACUCCUGCUUCGAGCGCUCAUCAGAUUCGGUCGAGACUCGUUCGCGGUCAAAAACGACCGAGACCAAGCUCCUCACCUUGGAAAGGGUGUGGGUCUUGCUAUCGGAUUGUUCCUGGUUCAGGCCUUGUGUGUCUUCCUCAACGUCCACGCCUUCAACCGAGGCUUUGGCACGGGCAUCAUCCUACGUGGUGCACUCAUCCAGGCCAUCUUUCAGCGAGGUAUGAACUUGUCGACGCGAGCAAGAACCACAGGCGGUCUCGGUGUCAGCAAGCUCGUCACCCUCAUCAGUGCCGAUGCUACACGCAUCGACUACGCGGGUCAAUUCUUCCAUAUGGCUUGGACGAGCGCUGUGCAGAUCAUCAUUUGCAUAGCACUCCUCAUCUGGAGUCUCCAUUACAGUGCACUGCCUGGCAUUGCUGUGCUGGUGCUCAUGAGUCCAGUACAGACCAUCAUCACCAAGCGGCUCUUUGCGUUGCGCAAGAAGAGCAUGGUCUGGACCGACAAGCGCAACAAGGCUGUCAAUGAGGUUGUAGGAGGCAUCCGUGUCGUCAAGCAAUUUGCGUGGGAAAAGCCGUACUCGGAUCGCAUCGCCGAGCUGCGCAAGAAGGAGAUGGCGUUUCAUCGUGUUCGGCUCUAUCUGCGAUCUCUCAACCUCGCCCUUGCCUUUGCGACGCCCACCAUCGCCACUGUGCUCAGCUUCGUCACCUAUGCCCUUGUAGGAAACGAACUGGACGCUGCAAUCCUGUUCUCCUCGCUCUCGUUCUUCACUCUACUUCGCACUCCUCUGCAAUUUCUGCCAAUUGCAUGGAACGCCGUUGUUGAUGCUAAGAACGCGGCGGAUCGUAUCGAAAAGGUCUUUGAUGCUGAAAUGCAGCACGACCAGAUCGUUCGCGAUCCCACUGCCGAGAAUGCCAUCCAGCUGCAAGAUGCAAGCUUCACCUGGGAGACGACACCAUCCGCAGGCACAGAAGAGACGGUAGCCACGCUCGAUGCACUCAACUUGACUGUCCCUCGCGGAGCGCUGUGUGCCGUCGUCGGCGGUGUCGGUAGCGGCAAGAGCUCGCUUGUCUCCGCAUUGGCCGGCGAGAUGCGACAGACGCAAGGUAAAGUGACGCUCGCCUCUUCGACAGCAGUGUGUGCGCAGACCGCCUGGAUCCAGAGCACGACGAUCCGCAACAACAUCGUGUUCGGCAACGUCUUUGAUCCAGAACGCUACCGAUACGUUCUUGAAAAAUGCUGCCUUCUCCCGGAUCUGGCCACGCUCGCCGAGGGCGACCAGACCAUCGUGGGUGAGAAGGGUGUCUCGCUCUCUGGAGGGCAGAAGCAGCGUCUCAACAUUGCACGUGCGCUCUACCACAACAGCGACAUUGUGCUGCUGGACGAUUGCCUUUCUGCACUCGACGCGCGUGUGGGAGCCGACAUUUUCGCCAACGUAAUCGCAGGCCCUGCGAUGCAAGGAAAGACACGCCUGCUGGUCACGCAUUCUCUCAAUGUCCUGCGUUCUUGUGACUGGAUCGUUUACAUGGAAAAUGGUCGCAUUGUGGAGCAGGGUACCUACGACGAGCUUGUCGGAAGCAAAGGCCGUGUAGCCGAACUCGUUCUGACGCACACGAAAGAUCAGAGCGAGCAAGACAAAGGCGAAGUCGGUGAGACAUCCAAGGGCGACUUGGACGAAAAGGCAGAGUCGAUUCUUGGAUCGCAGACCGAAGACAACCUCGAUCGGCUUCGCAAGGGCAGCAGUGAUUCUGCAAGCAGCACUACAGAUACUGUUGAGGAUGAUCGCAAAGCGGACUUAUCCUCUGAUCAGUCGAAUAAAGUGGUGGAAAAGAAGGCGGAAAAGGAAGUCAAGAGCAAGGCGUUGAUGCAAGAUGAAGAGCGAUCUAGUGGGUCCGUCUCCCGGGUCACCUACCUGUCGUACCUCAACGCUGCGCCUCUCUCCAUCCUGUUGCCCCUAUUUGUGCUAGCCGUGCUAGUGUUUCAAGGCUCGACGAUCAUGUCUCCCGUGUGGCUAAUGUGGUGGCAAAGAGGCACGUUUGACCUGCAGCAAGGCGUCUAUAUGGGAGUGUACGGCAUCUUGGGCGUCACCCAGUCACUCGGACUGCUCAGUAUGGGAAUCAUCUUCUCGACUUUCACCAUCAAGUCGGCAACUACGCUGCACCACCGAGCCCUGCAACGCGUGCUGCACGCUCCAUUCUCGUUUUUCGACACGACACCACAGGGCCGCAUCACGCAUCGCUUCAGCAAGGACAUGGACACGCUCGACAACAUCAUCGGCGAAGCGAUGCGCACGCUCAUCGGCACUGUUGUCCAGGUGGUUGGCUCCAUCGUGUUAAUCGCCUACCUGACGCCUUACUUUUUGGUCCCAGUCGCUGUGAUUCUGGUGCUGUACUUUUGGAUCGCGGCUUACUACCGCUCGACGGCUCGCGAGCUGCGAAGAAUCGAUGCGGGUCUGCGUUCGAGCAUGCACGAGCACUUCAGCGAGUCGCUGCAUGGACUCGUUACGAUCCGAGCCUUUGGCCACGUCGAUGCCUUUAUUGCCGAAAACUGUCGUCGUAUCGACAAGCAGAACCGCGCAUACUGGCUGGCUCAGACGUGCCAGCGUUGGCUCUCGGUUCGCCUGGACUUUCUAGGCUCGCUGCUCAUCCUGUCGGUCGCAAUUUUGGUGGUGGCGAGUCGGUUCGACAUCAGUCCUGGAGCGUCGGGUGUGGCUCUUUCUUACAUCCUCACUGCACAGAGCAUUUUCGGAUGGAUGAUUCGACACGCGGCCGAAUUGGAGAACAAUAUGAGCGCCGUCGAGCGUGUGCUGCACUACUCAAACAACAUCGAGCAGGAGAAACCGUAUCAUGUUCCCCAAGUCGACGAGGCUUUGGCAGCACGAGACUGGCCGGAACGUGGAGAGAUUCGAUUCGACCAGGUCGAAGCUAGGUAUACCUCGUCUGGACACAACGUCCUCGACAAGCUGGAUCUGCACAUCAAGGCUGGGGAGAAGAUCGCCUUUUGCGGACGAACAGGGGCAGGCAAGAGCACCUUGGUCACCACUCUGCUACGCACGCUAGAGCUGAGUGGCGGCAGUAUCACCAUCGACGGCAUCAACAUUGCCACCAUGGGUCUUCAUCGUCUGCGUAGCUCCAUUUCGCUCAUUCCACAAGAUGCUGUGAUCUACAGCGGCACGCUGCGAUACAAUCUCGACCCACUUGGCGAACACGACGACGCUACGCUGCACGAUGCCCUCCAACGCACCAGCUUGACCGAUCUGUCGCUCGACAUGACCAUCACCGAGGAGGGCGGCAAUCUGUCUGCAGGCCAACGUUCGCUCAUCUCGCUUGCCCGAGCCAUGGUGCGAAAGACUCGCAUUGUGAUCCUAGACGAAGCAACGGCCAGUAUCGACCAGCAGACCGACGUCCAGAUCCAAGAGGUGCUCAAGACCGAGUUCGACGCGAUCACCACCCUCACGGUUGCGCAUCGGAUUCAGACCAUCUUGCACUCGGAUCGUGUCUGCGUGCUGGAUAAGGGCCACAUCGUCGAGAUUGGCCCGCCCGCCGAGCUCUGGGCGCGUGAGAAGGGACCAUUUAGAGCUCUCUGUGACAGCGCCAACAUUCGCUUCGAAGAUGGGCAGUGGCAUUGA